CAAAAAAAUGGUGACCUUUCCCAGAAAGUGCCGACAGAAAAACACCUGACCAACCUCUUCAUUGGGAAUCAAUGUAUUACAUUCCAAAGACUCCAGGUAGAGUGUGUGUGUGUGUGUGUGUGUGUGUGUGUGUGUGUGUGUGUGUGAGAGCUUUUUCACAAAAAAGACUGAACUGGGGCUGAAACUGAAACAGGGCAAGACUCGUAAAAGCAGUGCAGUGUUGUUGCUCUCCUUCAUUCUCACGGUUUCCUGUUUAAGGAGGCCAUUUUGUAACUCAGCCUUGAAGAAGAGCACAACAAAGUUUUGGCAUUGUUUUUUUCUCUCCCACGGCCCGGGGAGUUUCACAAUCAACUUGUGGACUUUCUUCCCUGCAGAGCAACUUCUUUGGACGAGCGAGGUGAGGGAGGGAGGGAGGGAGGGAAGAAGAAGGUGGAGGGAGGAGGGUAGGUUUCCCCCCCUCCACCCCUCUCUCUCUGCCUCAGUGUGUCUGUCUCUUUUAUGAGUCUCUCACACACUUUCCUCAGGUUUGUCAUGCAUGGACAAUAGCAGCAGUCUGCCCGACGAGAGAGAACACGAUAGAAGUGUCUGAAAGGAGGGAGAGAAAAAAAACCAAACACCGCUUCCUGGAUAAGGGUUUCUUCCUUGAUCCACAAGGACGGGGGGGUGGACACAGGACACAGAGGAACCCUGGACUUUCUGCUCAGUGUGUAUAUGUGUGUCCAUGUGUCAGCGUGUCUCCUCCACUGAGACAGUUUGAAUGACUGUGGGUUUUCGGAGAAGUCUACACUGCACCUGGGCGUGUGUUUGCGAGUGUGUAUGUUGAGAGCUUCGGGGCAACCAGAAAACAGGACUCUUAAAUGGCUAACGCCAGCCCUUGUAUGCCCUCAGGGGCUCUGGCCCAGGUCUUCUUUCCUCCUGGGGGCUCCUCACCGCCCGGCUCAGCUGUGAUACAGCAGGGGACCCCCAUAUCCAUGCCCUCUAUGCCAACAGGUUUUCCUGUGAUGGACCUGACACCGGGACAGGCUCCUGGCGGGGCUGUGAUACCCUCACUGCCUCCCACACCGGCAGGGGUAUCCUUCAUCAUCCAGAUUGGCCUGACCAGAGAAUCUGUCCUGAUGCCCCAGUCUGCCGACCUGGCCUAUGUGAAACAAAUUGCCUGCUCUAUUGUCGACACCAAGUUCCCAGAGUGUGGCUUCUAUGGCAUUUAUGACAAGAUUUUGCUAUUCAAACACGACACGUCCACCAACAACAUCCUGCAACUGGUUAAAGGUGCCAGUGACAUUCAAGAGGGAGAUCUGGUGGAGGUGGUGCUCUCUGCGGCAGCCACCUCUGAAGAUUUCCAGAUUCGGCCCCAUGCACUCAACGUGCACUCAUACCGGGCCCCAGCCUUCUGCGAUCACUGUGGAGAGAUGCUGUUCGGAUUGGUCAGACAAGGGCUCAAGUGUGACGGAUGUGGACUAAACUACCACAAGCGUUGUGCAUUCAGCAUUCCAAAUAACUGCAGUGGAGCCCGCAAACGACGUCUGUCCACCACCUCCCUGAGCAGCAGCCAGUCCUUGCGUCUCUCCACCACUGAGUCGGUGUACAGUGUAGGGACGGUCUCCACCUGCACAGAAGACACAAGCCUCAUCCGUUCACACACACAAAUGCCACGGACCCCCAGUGAUGCCCGACGCUUCUACACAGGCCGACCUGUCCAUUUGGACAAGAUGCUGAUGAGCAAGGUGAAGGUGCCCCACACGUUCGCCGUCCACUCGUACACGCGACCGACGGUGUGCCAGUACUGUAAGAGGCUUCUUCGAGGACUGUUCAGGCAGGGCCUUCAGUGCAAAGACUGCAAGUUCAACUGCCAUAAACGCUGUGCGUACAAGGUUCCUAAUGACUGCCUUGGGGAGACCAUUGGAGACAACAGAAGUAACUGUGACAUGUUGAGUCCCAGUGCAGAUCCUGAGGUUCCCAUGGACUACAGCACUGAGUACGAUGCCUCAGACAAGUCUUCAAUAGAUGACUCAGACGAGGCCUGCAGCAUCCCUGGGUCCUUUGCUCCUGACAACAACCAGGAUGGAACUGGUGGAGACCAGAGUGUUUACAUCCCGCUAAUGAGGGUAGUACAGUCAGUGAGACAGACAACACGCCGAUCCAGUACGGCUAUCAAGGAAGGAUGGAUGGUUCACUACAGCAAUAAGGACACACUGAGAAAGAGGCACUACUGGCGUCUGGACUGUAAGUGCGUAAUCCUUUUCCAGAACAACACCUCCAACAAAUACUACAAGGAGAUUCCUCUAUCUGAGAUCCUGGAGGUUCGUCCCGCUGGCAACUUCACUCUCGUCCCACCAGGCACAAAUCCUCACUGCUUUGAGCUCAUCACAGGAACUAUGUGCUACUUUGUUGGGGAGGACCCCAACACCCUCCCUCCUUUAUCCCCUAGCAACCCCCAGACUCUCCCCCAGACCCCUCCCUCCCCAAGCCAAGUAGCUCCCAACAGUGGCAUUGGGCGUGAGGUGGCCAAGGCGUGGGAGAGCGCCAUUCGUCAGGCCCUCAUGCCAGUCAUCUUUCAGGACGCACCACCAGCUGCGGGGAACACAACUCACAGACAAGCUUCGAUUAGCAUAUCGGUGUCCAACAGUCAAAUCCAAGAGAACGUGGAUAUUGGUACAGUGUACCAGAUUUUUGCAGAUGAAGUGUUGGGAUCUGGGCAGUUUGGAGUAGUGUAUGGAGGAAAGCACAGGAAGACAGGAAGGGACGUAGCCGUCAAAGUCAUUGACAAACUUCGCUUCCCCACCAAGCAGGAGAGCCAGCUGAGGAAUGAGGUGGCCAUACUGCAGAGUUUACGUCACCUGGGCAUUGUGAACCUGGAGUGUAUGUUCGAGACUCCAGAGAAAGUGUUUGUGGUGAUGGAGAAGCUGCAUGGUGACAUGCUGGAGAUGAUCCUCUCCAGUGAGAAAGGCAGAUUGCCUGAGAGACUCACUAAGUUCCUCAUCACGCAGAUUCUUGCAGCGCUGAGGCAUCUGCAUUUUAAGAACAUCGUUCAUUGCGACCUAAAACCUGAAAACGUGCUGCUUGCCUCCGCUGAUCCGUUCCCACAGGUGAAGUUGUGUGACUUUGGUUUUGCCCGUAUCAUCGGUGAGAAGUCUUUCCGUCGCUCUGUGGUUGGCACCCCUGCCUACCUGGCCCCCGAGGUUCUGCUGAACCAGGGCUACAACCGUUCACUUGACAUGUGGUCUGUGGGUGUCAUCAUGUACGUCAGCCUGAGUGGGACAUUCCCGUUUAAUGAGGACGAAGAUAUCAACGACCAGAUCCACAACGCAGCCUUCAUGUACCCCCCCAACCCCUGGAAACAGAUCUCCAGUGAUGCAAUCGACUUGAUCAACAACCUUCUGCAAGUUAAAAUGAGGAAACGCUACAGUGUGGACAAGAGUCUCAGCCAUGUGUAUUUACAGGACUACCAGACAUGGCUGGACCUGCGGGAGCUGGAGACUAAACUCGGUGGACGUUACAUUACCCAUGAGAGUGAUGACAGCCGCUGGCAAAUGUUUGCCCGGGAACAUACUCUGCCUUACCCUGCUCAUCUUGUGCCUCCUCCUCCUGCGCUGGCCUCUGAUGAUGAGGAGGGUGGAGAGGAUGCAGAUGUGCAAGGUCUCACCGAGAGGGUUAGCAUCCUCUGACCGCAGAGAGAGAGAGAGAGAGAGGACUCAAGCUCAUUUAGGAAGGAGGAAAGACGUAGGGAGAGGGAGGAAGGCUAUAAAGGUCGACCUAGAGCCUGAAAGAGACAUAAAGUUGAUAAAAAUCAUAUGGGUCUAAUGAGAAUAGUGUCCUGCUGUUCAGACUUUCACAUCAUCUGUGUGCCAGCACUCGCAAUUUUACCGCAAUGAAUCAAAGUUCUCCUCCAGCUUGAGGUUAUCGAAACUUCCUUCUGAUCAUUUACCUCUGCUGUUAUUGCCCGUCAUAGCAUCGUUCCAUCUUUUUCAAAUUAUUUUCAUGAUGAAGAUGUUUGACUCCAUUUUACACCCUGUGAAGUCUUUACAGAUAGAAUUGGAGUCAACCUUUAAAUCAGAAUUUGUCAUUAAAAAAAACAGCACGUUCUCUUCCUCUCAAACGCUUCAAUGUGAAACAAAAAAUGCUUUUCACCACAAGUGAUCAUCAUGAGAAUUUGUUGUAGUUGUGUUUAUUGAGGUAUUUUUCCUAAACAAAUUGUUAAAAUGAAGCUGCCUUCCCUUCAAAGAGUUUGUUUUUGGUGUCAUUUAAUUAGACUGACUGGAAUUACAGUCCCUCUCAUGUCUUCAGUAAAGACCGGUUCAAUCCUUUCUCAGUGACGGAGCGCUUUAUGGUGACAAAAGACUUCCUCUGUGCUGGUAAAUUACUAAUGUGCAGGCAUGGCUUCAAAACCCAUCUGUAGACAUAAAUGCAUUCCCAUAAAUGCAUGUCCUGUACUGAAAACUGGAACUAUUGAUCUAGGGACAGCAAAUCCACUGCUAAUUACCACUAGUUUUGAGCCACAAUAGACUCUUAGCAAAAGUAUGUGAUUGAAGAUGUCAUUGUGUGUUUAAAUGAACUUGCAUUGAGCUGCACGUUACCUGCCACGACCAAACAGAUUUUAACAGUCAUGUGAGACAUUUCUAACAGUAGCUGGGAGAUUACACCACAUCAGUCACAACGACUGUUGCUGAAUGACGAAAAUUGCUCCUAUUGUGUUGAGUCGCCCAUUUAUAACCAUCUCUGAAGUCAAGCAUUUGUUGCAUUAUUUAAACGGUGAAUAACAUCCUCACACAUUCAAAUACUCAGUGGAGUCAGUGGAGGUAGCAUCUUACACCUUAGCAGGUAAAUGGACACAUCUUUUAAGCAACACAGCUCCUUAUUUGUUGUUGUUAAGAAGAGCAGACCUCUCCCUAGUAGUAAUAGACAGACAGCUUGUGUUACAAAACUAGAUUUUGGAGACUGUAUGUAGUUUGAGUAUUGACUACCUGUCAUGUCAAUAUGUUGCAUGUUUCUGUGAAGUAGAAUUAUCUAGAUACAAUAUAAAACAUACUGUACUUAUGAUGGUCUAUUAUACACACGUAUAUCCUGAAGUUUAUGUAGUUGUCAAAUAUGCGUAGACUGUGUAAAACAUGUUUGAAGGAUGAUCCUAGCCUUGGAAACAGAUAAUACAAACCUUGAACAAUA